AUGUCUAACUUGGACUUCAAGUAUAGUUCUUACCUCAAAAAUGCAAGUUUGGUGCCUGCACCCAUUUUGGGAAACCAGAAGAAGAAAGACAGGAAUCAAAUCCAAUGUGAUUUGGUUUUCCUUCCUUCUUCCUCUUUGACACCACUUGCCCUGCUAUCUGGCGGAACUCCACCCCUCUCAAACCCUGGAUCCCCUGCCAAAUCACACUCCAAUCUGUCCUCCAGAGUCAUCUCAAUCUCCUCCUUCCACCUGUCUUCAGAGGAAGGAUCACAACCCUCUCCCCCUGUGAGAGAGUUUUGUGUUUCCCUGACUGACUCCACCCUGUCAUCUUCUGACUCCACCCAGACAUCUUCUAAUCCCACCCAGUCUUCCUCUGAUCCCCCCUUUUCAUCAUCUGACUCCACCCACUCAUGUCCUGCCACUCCCCCUGGUCUUCCCUGCCCUUCCUCCCCAGUACACCUAUCUCCUUCUGCCCCCCGGUGCUGUUCUCCCAAGCCCCUGGACCACCAUGGAGAGACCUUGAAAGACAUUGAGAACACCAGCCAUCUGAAGAGCUUCCCAGUUAAAGAGGUGGGAGCAGUUCUUCCACAGGAGAAGACAGUGGUGCCUCAAAUUGUUGCACCUGCUGAGGCCUCCAUUGACCAGAGAGCCUCCUCUGUCUCCCUGGAAAGGCUGUAUGUCAGAUCUGGGGGCCCCCUGGCCCAUCUCUCCAUCCUCUUCAACAGGAGGGGCACCCAGAUAGAGAGGCAAAGAUGCAAAGGCGAUGUCAAAGACAACACCAAGCUUCUUGGGUUGCCCAACAUCGGAAACACCUGUUUUAUGAACUCUGCUCUGCAGUGCCUGUUGGAACUGCCUGCAUUCUGCAGAGUCACCCUAAGACAGCAGGACAUCCGGAGUUCCUACCCCUCUUCUAAACUGCUCCGCACGGCCUCCAUUUUGGUCGUUCCCACCACUCUGGCCAACUUGGCCUUUAGGUCCCCCACCGCCAGCAGUUUUCCCAAGGUCCAUUCUUCCAGCAUCCUUAUCCAUUUCCCAGCACCAUUGUGA